AUGAUUACAUCAACUGAACUUGUUCAUGGAACUCAGUUUGAACUUCUUCAGGUGUUUCCACAUUCUGGUCUUCAUUAUGAACAUCAGUCUGUUCUUAAAGUGGAGUUCCUGGUGCAUUCUGCAUCUCAGGUUCAGAUGCCAAGAGUCCCUUUCCCACAGAGGUUAGCCCAGGCUAAGUUAGAGAAAAAGUACGGUAAAUUUCUAGACAUCCUUAAGAAACUUCACAUUAAUAUACCGUUCUUGGAUGCAAUUUCUGAAAUGCCUUCUUAUGCAAAGUUUUUGAAAGACAUGCUAUCUAACAAGAAGAAGCUUGCAGAGAAUGCUACUGUUUCUCUAACUGCAGAAUGUAGUGCCAUUCUGCAAAACACUCUUCCUAAGAAACUAGGUGAUCCAGGCAGCUAUUCAAUCCCAGUGAAGCUCGGAGAUAUAGAGAUCAAUAGAGCGCUAUGCGAUCUUGGUGCAAGUGUAAGCCUUAUGCCGCUCUCCAUCUGCGAAAAGCUUCAAAUGGGUGAGCUAAAGCCUACAAGGAUAUCUCUGCAACUUGCAGACAGGUCAGUUAAAUUUCCCCUCGGUAUACUUGAAGAUGUUCCAUUGCGAGUUGGUAAAUUCUUUAUUCCAUGUGAUUUUGUUGUUAUGGAAAUGGAAGAAGAUGCCCAUGUCCCUAUUAUUCUUGGUAGACCAUUCUUAGCUACUGCAGGUGCAAUUAUUGACAUGAAGAAUGGGAAAAUAACAUUUGAAGUAGGGGAUGAGAAAAUG